CAGGAGGAAGUGCUGAAGUUUGAGAACGUAUGUAUGUUUUUUCCUGAAGUCUGACAGACUUACAGUCAGCAGAGUCACCACGAACUGCCCUGGAUUAAGAGGUUUUCAGUUACUAUAUCAGAUAACCUGCUUCAAUCCUGUGUUUAACCUAACUUACUGCUGUCGACAGAAGAUUGAUCUGGAAUGGAAUGGAUCUGCCAGAAGAGAUCCUUGCACAUAUCUUUUCUUUCCUGCCUUUACAGGACAAAUGCAAUGCAUUUAUUGUUUGUAAGGCUUGGUCUAAUAUCAUGACACAUCCAAGUUCAUGGAAAGAUACUGAAGUCAGGU